AUGGACGCCAUGAAAAAGGGUUUCUUCUUCCUACUGAGUACUCUUCUGUUGUUUUUAGCUUCUGUUGUAUGUCAAAACCAGGAGUUGCCGCUUUUGCUGGAGAUUAAGAGGUCGUUUGUUGAAGACCCUCAGGGUGUUCUGCACGACUGGUCCUCCUAUGGUGAUUCCAAUUUCUGUGGUUGGACUGGUGUCACUUGUGGGUUUAGCUCCUCCGUGAACUCAGCCCAUGUUGUGAGUUUGAACCUUUCCGGGUUUGGACUCGGUGGCUCGAUAUCAGCCUCGCUUGGUGAGUUGAAGAAUCUACGACACCUUGAUCUUUCCUCUAACCGACUUACGGGCCCCAUUCCAACCACCCUCUCUAACCUUUCCUCUAUGGAAUCUUUGCUUCUGUAUUCAAACAAGCUCUCUGGACCCAUCCCACCUCAGCUGGGUUCACUCUCCAGCCUCCGAGUCAUGCGAGUUGGUGACAAUGAGCUCACUGGCCCCAUUCCGUCGUCAUUCGGAGAACUUGUCAACUUGGUCACCCUCGGCUUGGCUUCAUGCCGUCUCACAGGCUCAAUUCCCCCCGAGCUGGGUCAACUCGCCGGACUUGAGGACUUGAUUCUGCAGGAUAACCAACUCAACGGCCAUAUUCCACCUCAGCUUGGGAACUGUUCAAGCCUCAACGUCUUCACUGCAGCUUUCAACAACCUUAAUGGAUCCAUCCCACCAGAAUUGGGACGUCUCAAGAACCUUCAAACUCUCAAUCUGAUAAACAACUCUCUUUCAGGGAAUAUACCAAGCCAACUCGGUGAAUUGAGCGAACUCGAUUAUCUCAGUUUAAUGGGGAACCAUCUCGAGGGUGCAAUACCAAAGUCAUUAGCGAACUUGGGCAAUCUUCAGACUCUUGAUUUAUCGUUAAACAAGCUCACAGGAGGCAUUCCCGAAGAAUUAGGCCAGUUGAGUCUGCUGGUGUACUUGGUUCUAUCAAACAACAAUAUUUCGGGUACAAUACCAAGAAAUAUAUGCUCCAACACUAGCCAUUUGGAGCAUCUGAUCCUUUCGGAUGUUCAUCUUUUCGGUGAAAUCCCAGUGGAAUUGAGAGAUUGUACAUCUUUGAAGCAGCUUGAUUUGUCCAACAACACGCUUAAUGGAUCAAUACCAGUUGAGCUUUAUGAGCUGUAUGAACUGACCGAUCUCUAUCUCCACAACAACAGCCUGGUUGGUUCCAUUUCUCCAUUCAUAGCAAACCUCACCAACUUGCAAACACUUGCUCUGUUUCACAAUGAUUUAGAAGGCAAACUUCCUGGAGAAAUAGGAAUGCUGGGUGCACUUGAAAUCUUAUAUCUGUAUGAAAAUCGAUUGAGUGGACACAUCCCUUGGGAGAUCGGUAAUUGUUCGAGCUUGAAAAUGGUGGACUUCUUUGGUAAUUGUUUUACCGGGGAGAUCCCGGUUACUUUUGGUAGGCUGAAGGAGCUGCAGCUGCUUCAUCUGAGGCAGAAUGAGCUUGUGGGAGAAAUUCCAGCCACAUUGGGUAACUGCCAUCACCUUACUAUCCUGGACAUUGCAGACAAUCAACUAUCUGGUGUCAUUCCCACUAGUUUCGGGUUACUUCGAGCCCUGGAGCAGUUCAUGCUUUACAACAAUUCACUUGAAGGUAAUCUCCCAGCCUCAUUGAUCAAUUUAGCCAACCUGACAAGAAUCAAUCUCUCCAAAAACAAAAUGAAUGGGAGCAUUGCUCCAUUAUGUGGUUCACGUUCUUUCCUUUCAUUUGAUGUAACUAACAAUGCAUUUGAUGGUGAAAUUCCUGAGGAGCUUGGGAAUUCACCUACUCUUGAUAGACUAAGAUUAGGGAGAAACAGAUUCACCGGAAGAAUCCCAGUAUCGUUGGGCAUGAUUCGUGAACUGUCGCUACUAGACCUCUCAGGUAAUUUGCUCACUGGACCUAUACCGGAUGAGCUCAAGCUGUGCAGGAAAUUGAGUCAUGUUGAUUUAAACGACAACUCGCUUUCUGGACUGAUACCACCAUGGCUGGGUGAUUUGCCUCAACUUGGAGAGCUUAGGCUCUCCUCCAAUCAUUUUUUCGGGGCUCUCCCUCAACAGCUUUUCAAUUCUUCCAAGCUUCUGGUACUGCACCUUGAAGGCAACUCGAUCAAUGGAACUCUCCCUGGUGAAAUCGGUAAUUUGUCGUCUCUUAAUAUACUCAACCUCAAUGGAAACCGACUUUCUGGGCCCAUUCCUAAAACCAUAGGCAAGCUAAGCAAUCUAUAUGAGCUGCAGCUCUCAAGGAAUGGUUUCAAUGGUGAUAUACCAACUGAGGUUGGGCAACUCAAGAAUCUCCAAAGCAUUCUAGACCUCAGUUGCAACAACCUCACCGGAAAUAUACCACCUUCUAUCGGAUUGCUAUCCAAGCUUGAAGCCCUUGAUCUUUCUCACAAUCAACUCAUAGGAGAAGUCCCCCCUCAAAUUGGUGACAUGAGCAGCUUGGGGAAGCUUAAUCUCUCCAACAACAAUCUCCAAGGAAAAUUAAGCAAACAACUGUCGCACUGGCCGGCUGAAGCAUUUGAAGGGAACUUGGAUCUUUGUGGAAGCCCUCUUGAUGGUUGUGACAACCUUGGAUCCAGCAAGCAGCGAUCACUAAGUGAAACAUCUGUGGUGGUGAUAUCAGCGAUUUCGACUUUAGCUGCAAUUGCGCUGCUUGUGCUGGUAGUAAUCAUCUUCUUGAAACAAAGGAGAGAAUAUUUCAAGAGAGGCAAUGAAGUGAAAUGCACCUACUCUUCUUCCAGUUCUUCCCAAGCAAGGAGAAGGCUACUCUUCCAUCACGGGGCUACUAAGCAAGACUACAAAUGGGAAGACAUCAUGCAAGCCACGAAAAAUCUAAGCAACGAGUUUUUCAUUGGCUCUGGAGGGUCUGGAACAGUCUACAAAGGCGAAUUUCGAGACGGAGAAACUGUGGCCGUCAAAAAGAUCCUGUGGAAGGAAGAUCUCCUACUGGAUAGAAGUUUCACAAGAGAGAUCAGGACACUUGGGAGGAUAAGGCACAGACAUUUGGUGAAGUUGAUGGGGUAUUGUAUAAACAGAGUAGCUGGCUUCAAUCUCCUGAUCUACGAGUACAUGGAGAAUGGAAGUGUGUGGGAUUGGUUGCAUAAGCAGCCGGUAAAUAUCAAGAAGAAGAGCCUUGAUUGGGAGGCUAGGAUAAGGAUUGCGGUCGGAUUAGCACAAGGAGUCGAGUACCUCCAUCAUGACUGUGUGCCGAAGAUUGUUCAUAGGGACAUCAAAUCAAGCAAUGUGUUGCUAGAUUCCAACAUGGAAGCACAUUUGGGAGAUUUUGGGCUAGCAAAAUCGGUCGUGGAGAAUUAUGACUCCAUCUCCGACCUGGAGUCAAACUCAUUGUUUGCAGGGUCUUAUGGUUAUAUUGCACCAGAGUACGCUUAUAUGCUCAAGGCAACCGAGAAGACCGACGUUUACAGUAUGGGAAUCGUGUUAAUGGAGAUUGUAAGUGGCAAAAUGCCAACUGAUAACCUUUUCGGUGUAGAUAUGGACAUGGUGAGAUGGGUGGAGAUGCGUAUCCAAAUGCAAGGUUCAGAUCGUGGGGAGCUGAUAGAUCCUACACUGAAACCGCUCUUACCUUGUGAGGAGUCUGCAGCAUAUCAGGUGCUUGAAAUAGCACUGCAGUGCACGAGAACGAUAACGCAGGAGAGGCCGUCUGCCCGUCAAGCCAGUGAUCUCCUCAUUAAUGUAUUGAACAACAGGAAGGUGGUUACUGAAAAGGUGAAUAUGGAACCCUACAAAUGACCUAGUUUCAAAUCAAAAUCAUCUCAUAUUGUGGGAACUUGCAUUUAAACACAUUAUUAUUCUGUAAGUUAUGCAAA